UGGUACUUGAACCUCCCCAUCCCCCUCGACUCAAAUCGAGUUCAUUCACUUGCAUCCGUUUUCACUUCACCCACCCGACCUUCCACCAUGGAACACUUCCGACAUACCGCCCACAUCGGCACCCACUCCCUAAGCUACGCACUGCGAGGCAUUCCCCGCCAGCCCGGCGCUCCGCUCGUGGUUGUACUGACCGGGAUCACGAGCAGCGCCCUGGAAUGGAGCGCGGUGUGUCGCCAUCUCGAGCAAGAAGCGUCCGUGCUCUUGUACGAACGGUCCGGCUACGGACAGAGCGAGGCAACCGCCGCUGAGCCGGACUCCCUAACCAUCAUCGACGAGCUGACCCGACUGCUGGCGACUGCCGCCCUCCCACCCCCGUACCUGGUAGUCGGGCAUUCUUGGGGCGGGAUGCUCGCGCGCGAGUUCCUCGCCGCCCGCGGGCCCGAGGAGAUCUGCGGGAUGGUGCUCGUGGACGCCGUACAGGAACGCAUGCUCUUCGAGACGUGGCCCGAUCCCAGUAUCGCGGCGGUCACGGCGGGGCUGGACUACAUGGAGGUCGUGGGCCUGACGCGUGAUUACCGGCUGACUGAGUCCGAGUGGGCGGAGCUGAUGGCGGAGGAAGCCAGCCCUCACCACGAGCGACAGGCCGUCCGCGAGCUUCCCCAUCUGCAGAUCAGUCGCGCGGUCCUGGCCCAAAAGCAGCAGCUCCGCCCCGGCCGCGACCUGCUGCAGGGCAAGCCGCUCAGUGUGCUCCGGGGCAAUGCCCACCGCGACCAGCAGCGCAUGUACGACCGGGGGGUGGCCCAGGGGUUGGGCACGGAGGCCCAGCGAGCGACCUUUCGCAACUAUCUGGCCAAGUGGGACGACAGCGAAGAAGCCUUUCAGCGCGAGUUCCUGAAUUUGUCCAGUACCGCACGCUUCUCGAUGACCACCCAGAGUGGCCAUAAUAUUCAGCUCACGGAGCCGGACCGAGUCGCUAGUGAAAUACGCUGGGUCCUACAAAGGAUUUCCUCCGACGCAAUCUGAACAUUUGUCUAUGGAUGUACAAUCUAUUCACGUAUCUGACAACCCGAACGGCCGUGUGGUGGAUUGUCUACCGCUGACUGGUAUAUACUUAGAUACAGGCCCAAACUAUAUUUAUCAAUGGUCAAGUAGAUGGAGUGUCCUCUUUGACCUUCGCAAAAAAUCAUACUACGUGGUUUUGCUUCCCUACUUGCUCACCCGCACUCACCACCUUUGACUUAGCGGCGCAUCCAUGAAGCAGCAAGCAACUACGACUCCCCUACUACUACUAUUCUGCAG